AUGGUGCGGGAUGGUGUUAAGCCCGAUGGACAUACGUUCCCUUUUGUUCUCAAGGCUUGUUCGGAUUAUUCGGAGGUUGAGAAGGGUAUGGAGGUUCAUGGAUUGUUGUUCAAGCUGGGUUUUGAUAAAGAUGUUUUCGUGAGUAAUACCCUUUUGUGUUUCUACGGUGGGUGUGGUGGUCUGAGUGAUGUAGAUAUGGUGUUUGAUGAAAUGGUUGAAAGAGACGUUGUGUCGUGGAAUACGAUGAUAGGAGUGUUUUCCGUCAAUGGGUGUUAUGCAAAAACGCUUGAUUUGUUUCAAGAGAUGAAGUUGAGAUCUGGCUUUAAGCCGAAUGUAGUUAGUAUUGUGAGCGUUUUGCCGGUCUGUGCGGGACUUGAGGAUGAGGUGAUGACUAGUAGGGUUCAUUGUUAUGUUGUAAAGGUAGGUUUUGAUUGUCAUGUCACUGCUGGUAAUGCUCUGGUUGAUGCUUAUGGAAAAUGUGGGAAUGUGAUGGCGUCAAAGCGAGUUUUUGAUGAAAUGGUUGAGAAGAAUGAUGUUUCUUGGAAUGCUAUUAUUGUUAGUUUGGCUUAUAGAGGGUGUCAUAAAGAUGCCUUAGAUAUGUUUACAUUAAUGAUUGAUGUGGGAGUAAAACCAAACCCUGUUACCAUUUCUAGUAUGCUACCAGUGUUGGUUGAACUAGAAUGUUUUGCUGCAGGAAAAGAACUUCAUUGUUACAGCAUCAGAAUGGGUAUGAAAUCCGAUAUUUUCAUUGCCAAUUCUUUAAUGGAUAUGUAUGCGAAAUCAGGACACUCAAAUGAAGCAUCAAAUAUAUUUUUCCAGAUGGACACAAGAAAUGUGGUCUCAUGGAAUGCCAUGGUUGCUAACUUUGCUCAAAAUAGGAGUGAAUUGGCGGCGAUAGGACUUGUCAGAGAAAUGCAAGUUCAUGGUGAAAUUCCUAACUCUCUCACUUUCACAAAUGUUCUUCCGGCUUGUGCACGAAUGGGCUUUCUUCGCCCUGGAAAAGAAAUACAUGCCAGGUCUAUCAGGACAGGGUCUGCCUUUGAUUUAUUCGUCUCAAAUGCUUUGACAGACAUGUAUGCCAAGUGUGGGUGCCUAAACCUUGCCCAAAAUAUAUUUAACAUCUCACUUAAAGAUGAAGUGUCGUACAAUAUCCUAAUUGUGGGCUAUUCCCAAGCUAGUGAUUCCUCAGAAUCUUUUACUUUAUUUUCAGAAAUGAGGCUGGCGGGAAUGAAUCAUGAUACUGUUUCCUUUGUGGGAGUUCUCUCAGCUUGUGCAAAUAUUUCAGCAAUCAAGCAAGGAAAGGAGAUUCAUGGAUAUGUAGUGAGGAAGCUUUUUCAUACUCAUCUCUUUGUUGCAAACUCACUCUUGGACCUUUAUACCAAAUGUGGAUGCAUUGACCUUGCUAGGAAUAUUUUUGAUCGGAUCCCAGACAAGGAUAUAGCUUCAUGGAAUACUAUGAUCAUGGGUUUUGCUAUGCUAGGUGAAUUGGAUACCACAAUCAAUCUCUUCGAAGCCAUGAGGGAGGACGGCGUGAAAUACGACUCAGUUUCUUAUAUUGCUGUUCUGUCAGCUUGUAGUCAUGGAGGAUUACUUGAGAAAGGAAGGAAAUAUUUUGAUGACAUGCUUGUUGGGGAUAUUAAACCCACAAAAAUGCACUAUGCAUGUAUGGUUGAUCUUCUUGGCCGAGCUGGACUUAUGGAAGAAGCAGUAGAGCUCAUCAAAAGAUUGCCAGUUGAAGCAGAUGCCAAUUUAUGGGGUUCUCUCCUUGGGGCGUGUCGAUUACACGGGAAUAUAGAUUUAGGUUGUUGGGCAGCUGAGCAUCUAUUUAAGCUGAAGCCGGAAAACUCCGGGUAUUACACACUUCUUUCAAACAUGUAUGCAGAAGCAGGGAGGUGGGAUGAGGCAGAUAAGAUUAGAGAAUUCAUGAAGUUAAAGGGAGUGCAGAAGAAUCCUGGGUGCAGUUGGGUUCAAAUUGAUGAUCAGGUACAGGUGCAUUCUUUUGUUGUUGGAGGCCAUUGAUUCGAUGUCCAUGGCUUGACGAACCUGUUUUAAGUAUUAUUUUUUUGCCAAAAUUUGGGCACUUCCAUCGAGAGGCGAUUGAAGAAGGCAAAGUAAGCAUGGCAUGAAUAUCAUCGGGCUCUCGGAAUGCUAGUUGAGGUGUUGGCCAAGAAAAUAAGAUCAAUCAUUCUUGAAUGUUCUUUUGCUAAAAUGGUAUUCAGCUUGAUUCAUG